AUGGCAUCUAAAGAUCUCCCUCCCCCGACCACCUUUGCCCCACCUGAAAUCCCUUCUGGGUUGGCUGUAUUUAGGACCGUUCCGUAUGCAUUUUUCCUGCCGGAGCUGAUAUUUGGGUGCUGGGUCUGGAUUCUGGUGGCCGCCACCAGAGUCUGCUUCGCCUUGCUGCAGGGAUGGGUUAUGUACGUGUCCAUCACCUCGUUUCUCAUCUCCUUGAUGUUCCUGCUCUCUUACCUGCUGGGAUUUCAUAGGAGGUUCGAAUCCUGGCGAGUGUGGGAUAGUCUUUAUCACGGGACCACUGGAAUUUUAUAUAUGAGCGCCGCCGUUUUACAAGCCAACGCGACAAUCCGAUCAGAGAGGGAGAUGGUUAACUGCAAUGCGAUCCCCAUGCACUACCAAAUUAAUUGUGCUGCCACGUUUUUUGCUUUUAUCACGACGCUGCUGUACAUUUUACAUGCCUUCAGCACCUACUAUCACUGAAGAAGAACCGCAUAAAGACACUGGGGCAAGAUGUCCUCUGCCCAUCCAAAGACCACAUGGGGUUUUUGUAUCUAUAACCUGUCUGAAUGUUUGAACACUUACCCUCAGAGUCUACUGAUAUUUGUUCAGAAACACCCAAAAUAUCUUCUCAGGGUUCUCCCGCGGUCAAAUAUUUUGAAAUCUUGCUUUGUGUUCAGCUGUAUGUUUUUUCCAGUGGAUUGAUAUUCUUGUUAGACAAUAUUAUUUACUUAUCCUGGAAUAUAACCAUCACCUAAGGCCCCUUUCUUUGAGCCGUACUAGUGCCCGGAUCACAGACCGCACUAUACGCCUUGGAUUUUUUUUCAAAGGAGUUCCACUCAAAGUUCUUAAUAUACCAUGGACUUAUAUCACAAGGUUUAUGGAAACAUCUGCUGCAAACUGUUUUACUUACUAGAAAGUUUUGUGCUGCAUUGUUAUUCUGCCUCGGGGUCUGCCACUCCAAUAUGACAUCAUUUUUUCUCCCUUAACUAGUUCUCUCAUCCCCAUUUGAGGUGAUGCCAAGUGACGGGCCUGUUCUUCCACUCAGGAGACCUGGUCUUUGCCCUUACUGCCCAUGCCUACAUCCCCAAAUUUGAAUUUUCAGAUUAGGGUGUUCACUCCAGCCUUUUUGGGUGGAUGUCCUAAGGCCCAUCUUGAUUUAUUAUGACAUAUAAUUUUUCCAAAUGGUUCCCCACAGAUGCCUUGUGAACUCCUAGUUAGCUUUCUUAGAAACCUUUGUGCCUUACAGAAAUGACUGAGUGAAAGAGUUUGAAUAAGGGGUUAGUGUAUGAUACUAUGCUGUACAAACAUGCCCAUAAUAUCUCAGCAGAAUAUAAACUAUGGUGUUUACAUCCCUGAAGUUUUUAUUUCCUAUAUGGGAACUACCUGCGGUUCAAUAAACUUACAAGGAGCAUGUGAAUGGCUUAGAGUUAUGUGGUGAGAAAGCUAUGCUAGUUGAAGCCCCUGAAUUCUUCAUGAGUUUAAUGUGUGUGUUUGUGUGUGUGUGUAUCUUUGUGUCUGUGGAUGUGUUUGUCUGUCCUCUAUAAGGACUGUACGUGCUUUAUGAUGGAAGGGUGUUUUCUUCUGACUAUAGUCAAUGAUAUGAAAACGAAUAUUAUCUGUUAUCCCUCAAUCCAAAUGAGAUGCAAGGUGCUUUUUCAAAUUAAAUAUAUUUGAAUA